AUGGGCAACACAACCAGUCAGGUGCUGGACAACAUUGUCCAGGGGUCGAACUUUGAUCGGGAGGAGGUCGACCGUCUGCGCAAGAGGUUUAUGAAGUUGGACAAGGACAGCUCGGGCACUAUCGACCGGGAGGAGUUCCUUAGCUUGCCUCAGAUCAGCUCUAACCCUCUUGCAACAAGAAUGAUUGCAAUCUUCGACGAGGACGGCGGCGGUGAUGUAGACUUCCAAGAGUUCGUCUCCGGUCUGAGUGCCUUCUCCAGCAAGGGGAACAAGGAACAGAAGCUGCGCUUCGCCUUCAAGGUCUACGACAUUGACCGUGAUGGUUACAUCUCCAACGGCGAGCUGUUCAUCGUGCUAAAGAUGAUGGUGGGCAACAACCUUAAGGAUCAGCAGCUCCAGCAGAUCGUCGACAAGACCAUCAUGGAGGCGGAUCAGGAUGGCGACGGCAAGAUCAGCUUCGAGGAGUUCUGCCGCAUGGUCGAAUCGACGGAUCUGGUGGCAAGCAUGACGCUAGAAAACAUCUGA